UGACCUCCGACCCCUACUGGCCUUGCGUAAGUGCGUGUCGAACACAUUGAACUCGACGUCCAUGACGUCCGUCAGGAGAGAAGACGAGCUAGCCUUCUCUUCAGACGAACGUACUGCUCGUCUCGCUGCCUCUAUAGCGUUCCUCACGGGGUCUGAGCUUUUCAUAGCUGGCGUGAUACAUCUCGACGACGUUACGUGUCCGGCCCAUCUCGGACUCUGGUGGCAGACAGGCAGGAGGUCUUCGUUUCACUAGAUCUUUCCUCUUUUGGAGUGGAGUGCACGAUCGAGGGUGAGA